AUGAUCAUCAGAAAGUUAAGAAUAUUAAAAAUAGAAAAUAUCUUAAAAGAAAAUAUAUUAAGAAUAAGAAAUAUAUUUAAAAAAAAAAUACCAUUUAAUAAAAUAGAAAAGGAAAAGGAAAAGGAAAAGAUCAAAAACAUGGUUGAUUUAACUUUUGAAUGUUUAACUGAAAAUCCAAAUUUUGUUGAAGAAGAAGAGAAAGUUUUGAAUUACUGGAAGCAUAUUGAUGCAUUUAAUUUAUCAAAUAAAUUGUCUCAAAAUAAAAAGCCAUUCAUUUUUUAUGAUGGUCCACCAUUUGCUACUGGGUUACCUCAUUAUGGUCAUUUAUUAGCAGGAAUAAUAAAAGAUUGUAUAACAAGAUAUUAUUAUCAGUGUAAUUUUUUUGUAGAAAGAAGAUUUGGUUGGGAUUGUCAUGGAUUACCAAUCGAAUAUGAAAUUGAAAAAGAAAAUAAUAUAAAUAAAAAAGAAGACAUUAUGAAAAUGGGUAUAGAUGUAUAUAAUGAAAAAUGUAGAAGUAUUGUUUUAAAAUACUCUAGUGAAUGGGUUUAUACUGUAGAGAGGAUUGGUAGAUGGAUAGAUUUUAAGAAUGAUUAUAAAACGAUGGAUAAAACUUUUAUGGAAAGUGUGUGGUGGGUUUUUAGCGAAUUGUAUAAAAAAAAUUAUAUUUAUAAAUCUUUUAAAGUAAUGCCAUAUUCUUGUAAAUGUAAUACACCUAUUUCUAAUUUUGAAUUAAAUUUAAAUUACAAAGAUACACCUGAUCCUAGUAUUGUUGUAAGCUUUGUUUUAUUAUCUCCAUUUCCAACUGUUGAAGAUGAAUAUAAUAUAGACGAGAAAAAUGAGUUAUUUAAGAAAUUUUCAAUUUUUUAUGACGAAUUUUUAUCAUCCAAAAAAAAUAAUUCUCAUAAUGAAAACCUUAAAAGAGAAAAUAAUAAACUUUAUGAUUUUUCAAAAAAUGAAAAUACUUUCGAAAAUGAAAUAUUAGCAUGGACUACUACCCCAUGGACAUUACCAUCCAAUUUGGCUUUAUGUGUAAAUGAAAAUUUUAUAUAUUUAAGAAUUUGUAAUUUAGAAAAUAAUAGAAUUAUGAUAUUAGGAGAAUGUAGAUUAGAAUGGAUAAUUAAAGAACUUAAAUUGAAUAUAAAAAAUAUACGCAUAUUAAAUAGAUUUAAAGGAAGAUACUUAAAAAAUUUAAAAUAUACCCCAUUAUUUAAUAAUUUCUAUGAAAAAUACAACUUUAAAGAAAAUGCUUAUAAAAUUUUAGCAGAUGAUUUUGUCACGGAUGAUGCUGGUACUGGUAUUGUUCAUUGUGCUCCAUCUUAUGGUGAAGAUGAUUUUCGUGUUUGUAAAAAUAAUAAUAUUAUAGAUCCGGAAAAAUCAAUAUUAAUAGAUCCGUUAGAUUCUAAUGGAUAUUUUACUGGAGAAAUAGAGGAAUUAGAAAAUAUGUAUAUAAAAGAUGCAGAUAAUGUUAUUAAGAAAAAACUAAAAGAGCAAAAUAGAUUAUUAAGUAACAAUACUAUUGUUCACUCUUAUCCUUUCUGUUGGAGAAGUGAUACUCCUUUAAUUUACAGAGCCAUACCAGCAUGGUUUGUUAGGGUCAGUAAUUCUACGAAAAAUUUAAUCAAAAAUAACGAUACUACCUAUUGGAUACCUUCUUACAUUAAAGAAAAAAAAUUUCAUAAUUGGAUAAAAGAUGCAAAGGAUUGGUGUAUUAGCAGAAAUAGAUAUUGGGGUACUCCUAUACCAAUUUGGUGUGAUGAAAAAAUGAAUACUGUUAUUUGUAUUGAAAGUAUAAAACAUUUAGAAGAAUUAUCAGGUGUAAAAAAUAUAAAUGACCUACAUAGACACCAUAUUGAUAAAAUUGAAAUUGAUAAUCCAAAUGGGAAACAUUUACCAAAAUUAAAAAGAAUACCAGAGGUUUUUGAUUGCUGGUUUGAGAGUGGUUCCAUGCCUUUUGCAAAAGUUCAUUAUCCUUUUAGUACAAAACAAGAAAACUUUGAUAAAAUAUUUCCUGCAGAUUUUAUAGCUGAAGGAUUAGAUCAAACAAGGGGAUGGUUCUAUACUUUAUUAGUUAUAAGCACAUUAUUAUUUGAUAAAGCACCAUAUAAAAAUUUAAUAUGUAAUGGUCUUGUUUUAGCAUCCGAUGGAAAGAAAAUGAGUAAAAGAUUAAAAAAUUAUCCAGAUCCUACUUAUAUAAUUAAUAAAUAUGGUGCAGAUAGUUUACGAUUAUACUUAAUAAAUUCAGUAGCUGUACGUGCAGAAAAUUUAAAAUUUCAAGAAAAAGGGGUUAAUGAAAUCGUAAAAAGUUUUAUUUUGCCAUAUUAUCACAGCUUUCGAUUCUUUACUCAAGAAGUUACAAGAUUUGAAAAUACACACAAUAUUAAUUUUAUAUUUUGUGAAAAAAAUAUUUAUGAAAAUGUUAAUAUUAUGGAUCAGUGGUUAUUUUCUUGUAUACAAAAUUUAAUAAAAUGUGUUCAUAUAGAAAUGAAGGCUUAUAAAUUGUAUAAUGUUCUACCAAAACUUUUGAAUUUUAUUGAAAAUUUAACAAAUUGGUAUAUAAGAUUAAAUAGAGAUAGAAUGAGAGGUACGUUAGGAGAAACAAAUUGUAUUCAUUCAUUGAGUACAGUUUAUAAGACUCUCUAUUUAUUUACUAUUAUUAUGGCACCAUUUACUCCAUUUAUUUCUGAAUAUAUAUAUCAAUUGUUGAAAAAUAUAAAAACAGAAGACUCCAGUUUUACAACAGAUAAUAAUACAUAUUCUAAUACAAUCACAUUUAAUAGUGUAAGUAACGAGAAUGAAAAAAAAAACAUAAUGAAUUCACAGGAUUUCAAUGAAGAUAUGAAAAAAAGUGUUCAUUUUAUUAUGCUACCACAUGUAGAUGAAAAUUAUACAAUUAACUAUGAAAUUAUUGAACUUGUAGAAAAUAUGAAAAAUGUUAUUUUAUUAGGUAGAAUUUUGCGAGAAAAGAGAAAAGUACCUAAUAAGAGGCCACUAAAAUCUCUAACUGUUUUACAUAAAAAUAUUGAUUUUUUUAAAAAUUUUGAUAAAAUUUCUAAUUAUAUAAAGGAAGAAUUAAACGUUUUAAAUUUAGAAUUUUCCAAUGAUACAAAUUGCCUCAACUUUUCUGCUGUACCAAAUUUUAAAAAAUUAGGUAUUAAAUUAGGUUCUAAUUUAAAAAAUAUUCAAAAUAAAAUAAAGAAUAUGAGUUCUGAUGAUAUUAAAUAUUAUGAAGAAAAUAAAAAAAUUAUUAUUGAUAAUAUUUUAUUAGAAGAUGAUGACAUUAUUAUACAAAUGAAACAUAAUCUUCAAGAUACUAAUACAGAAGCAUUAAGUAAUAAUUUUAUAACUAUUUUAAUUGAUUUCACAGCAGACGAGCAAUUAGAAAAUAUGGAAAAUGCUCGCGAAAUAUGUAAUAACAUACAAAAAAUGAGAAAAAAUUUAUCAUUAAGCCAAUAUACACCUAUACAAAUGCAUAUAUAUAUUUAUGAUGAAAUAUUAAAAGAGAAAAUGAUAAAAGAACUAAGUUAUAUUAAAAAAUGUUUAAGAAGAGAUUUACAUAUAAUUAAUUCCGAAGAAGAUAUUAAAACCUUACAGAAUUCAUUUCAUGAAGAAACAAUAAAAAUUAAUAAUAAAAAUGUAACUGUUAUUUUUACAAAAGAUUAA